AUGUUCACGGAAUGGAAUGACCUAACCCCUAAAGAAGAGGGACUUGAGUUAAUGACAAAAUGGAAAUCUUUAAGGGAUCAAUUUCGUAAGGAGUUAAAGUUGCAGCAAUGUUCAAAAUCCGGUCAAGCUGCCUCAAAACGACGAAAGUAUAUCCAUUAUGAUGCAUUACUUUCUUUAAAGAAACACACAGAACACGCUUUAACAUCGUCAAACAUGCUCAACGAGGACAGUCAAGAAGUUUUUGAGGAUGACGACAGUUCGGUUAAUACCACCCCCAGUGUUACCGAACCAUCCACGUCUAAUAAAAAGAAAACAUUAGUCCAAAUGUUUCUGGAAUCGAAUAAAGAGAUAUCGAAUGUUAUGCGCGAGAGCAUAGAUGUACAAAGAAAUAAUAUUCAACGACAGUAUAAUGACGAGCGUGGAAAUGAGGCAUUUUUCCGUUCGAUGCUACCACUUAUGGACAAAAUAAAAGAAGAUUAUUUAAUUAACGUCAGAACUGAGAUUAUGUCUGUGAUUAAGAAAGAAAUACAUACCACCAUCACAUACAUUGGAAGAAUCAUAUCCUCGUGCAUCCACACCAACAAGCGAUGA